AUGGGUCUCUCCAUUGUUCAAGGGUUUACGAAGUCACUGGCGAUGACUGUUCUGUCGGAGAUCGGUGACAAGACAUUUUUCGCAGCUGCUAUAUUGGCAAUGCGUCAUCCCAGGAGACUCGUGUUGUCAGGUUGCCUUGGGGCUUUAAUAAUCAUGACUAUCUUAUCCGUUCUUGUUGGCUGGGCAGCUCCAAAUCUGAAUGACCUCGAGGUCGCGGAUCAAGAGAAUGUGGAGGGUGAAGACCCCGAUGACCCCGAGGUGAACUACCAAAGUGGCGAAAAUGAUGGGGAAGAGGUCAUGGUAACUAAAUGCCUACCUAAGGGGGUACCUUUUUUCGCAGCUAUGACUUUUGACCUCGCUACUCAAAAGGCUGCCUACGUAGGCAAGAAGGACCUCAGGUAUGGUGGAGACAUUUGGGUUGAUAGUGUUUGUCGGUCCUUUGGAGAUAGACGUAGCCUUGUGGAUGAGCCUGAUCCAAUAGAGAUCGAGGUUGAUGGAACAUGGAGGCCUUUCAUCGACAAUCUGAAGGCAUUGUAG